AUGACAGAAGGAGCAACAGGCUCUAAUCCAAAAAAUCUUGAUCAAUUACCACCAACUUAUAUGUACUCGGUGAUUUUUAAAGAUAUUAUAUUAGAAAUCGAUGACGAUGGCGAAAAAUCUAUGAACACUUUAGUGAAGUUUUGCCGAAAAAAAAAUAUUUCUGAAACUGAAAUAAGUGAAUUUAAGAGUGAGUACCACAACAAAUCACCAGUCUAUUGGUAUACGAAACAAAUGUUUCUGUAUGGUAUGCUUAAUCGUGCCUUACGAAUGCUCGAUAUGGAGGGGAUGACCAAAUUAGGCUUUUUCAUUAGAAGUCUUCAUCUGCAACUGGAGCAAUUACAUAAGGAACAGUCGGUAGAUUUCCAAAAAGAGUUCAUUGUUUACCGUGGCCAGGGGCUCAGCCAACAAGACUUUCAAAAUCUAAUGGAUUCAAAAGGUGGGCUCCUUUCAUUCAACAACUUUUUAUCGACUAGUAAGAAACAAAAAGUGGCCACAUCAUUUGUUCAACAGGUCCUAGAGAGAAAUCCAGAUAUUGUGGGUGUUACGUUUAUUAUGACAAUAGAUCUAAGUAAAAUAUCAACUUCAAUCACACCAUUCGCUAUGAUUAAUAAACAAAGUGCUCUUCCACGAGAACAAGAAAUUCUAUUUACAAUGCACACUGUUUUUCGUGUUGGUGAAAUUAAACAGACGGCUGAGAAUAGUCGUCUUUGGGAAGUACAGUUGACUAUUACUGACGAGAGUGAUCCACAACUGGCUGGUCUUACUGAUUGCAUCAAAGACGAGAUCAACGGUGAAGGAUGGUAUCGAAUGGGCCAAUUAAUGCUCAAAGUGGGUCAUUUCGAUCAAGCUGAGGAACUCUACAAUGAAUUACUCGAGAAUGCUUCUGAUGAUAAUUUAGCUACUUCCUACAACAACAUCGGUCUUGUCUAUAAUCACAUGGGUGACUAUAAGAAAGCACUUGAAUUUUACGGAAAAGAUUUUGAAAUAAUGAAAAAAGUUCUGCCUCCAACUCAUCCCUCAUUGGCUACUUCCUACAACCACAUCGGUCUAGUGUAUAACAACAUGGGUGAAUACUCGAAAGCACUGGAAUAUUACGAAAAAUCACAUAAAAUCUAUCAAAAAGCUCUGCCUCCGACUCAUCCCGAUUUGGCUGCUUCCUACAACAACAUCGGUCAAGUGUAUUACAACAUGGGUGACUACACGAAAGCACUUGAAUUUUCUAAAAACGAUUUGGAAAUAACUGGAAAGACUCUACCACCAAAUCAUGCAGAUUUAGCGUUUCCAUAUAACUGGCUCGGUAAAAUUCAUCGCAGCAUGAAAGAGUACUCAAAAGCACUAAGUUAUUUUCAAAAGAGUAAUUCAAUUCGAGAAAAAGCGCUACCUGAAAAACAUCCAUAUCUCGCAAUAACUUACAGUAAUAUAGGUGAUGUUCAUCGACUUAUGGGUGAUUAUGAAAAAGCACUGGCAUUUCACGAGAAGGCAUUAAAUAUUCAAGAGAAUGUGGAAUGUGAUCCACUUGAUUGUGCAACAACAUACAUGAAUGUAGGUGAAACUUAUCGUGAAAUGAAAGAUUAUACAACAGCAUUAACAUAUUAUCAAAAAGGAUUAAAAAUACGCGAAGAAAAACUGGCAAAAUAUCAUCCUGAUUUAGCUGUAAUAUAUCAUAAUAUGUCGAAAUUAUAUUUUUCAACUAAAAAAUAUAGUAUGGCAAUGAAAUAUGUUCAACAAGCAGCUGAAAUUGGAGAAGAGAAGUUAUCUUCAACUCAUCCACAUCUCGUAGAAUAUCGAGAAACAUUUGAAAAGAUUCGAGAGAAACAGUAA